ACUACAACACCAACGAUAGUGCGAGAGAGGACGAGAAAAUGGGGAUUUCGCUGCAGAUGCUGUUGGUGCCAUUGAUGCUGAUACUGCUCUCUCGUGGCGUCUUUGUUGUCGAAUCACUUCGGAUGCUUCGGCAGAGAAGCGGCAGUAGCAGCUUAUAUCUGACAAAAGAAGAACACUAUUUCCAACAAACCCUCGAUCAUUUCUCCCCAACUGAUCAUCGCCACUUUGAGCAGCGAUACUAUGAAUUCCUUGAUUACUUCCGAGCUCCGGAUGGUCCUAUUUUUCUGAAAAUAUGCGGUGAAUCUGCAUGCUCUGGGAUUCCCAAUGAUUAUACUGUUGCUUUGGCGAAGAAGUUUGGUGCUGCUUUGGUUUCUCUUGAGCAUCGCUACUAUGGGAAGAGCUCCCCUUUCGAGUCUUUGACAACAGAAAAUCUAAGAUAUCUUUCCUCGAAGCAAGCUAUUUUCGAUUUGGCUGUUUUCCGCCAGUUCUAUCAGGAAUCCUUGAAUGCAAAGCUUAAUCGAUCUAAUGGUGAAAAUUCCUGGUUCUUUUUUGGCGUCUCAUACUCUGGAGCACUGAGUGCUUGGUUCCGUUUAAAGUUCCCACAUUUAACAUGUGGGAGUCUUGCAAGUUCUGCUGUUGUUCUUGCUAUUUACAACUUCACUGAAUUUGACAAGCAGGUUGGUGAGUCAGCUGGUCCUGAAUGUAAAGCUGUACUACAAGAAAUUACUGGACUUGUUGAAGAGCAACUUCUGUCAAAUGGAAAAGCAUUAAAGAGCUUGUUUGGUGCAGCUACGCUUAAAAAUGAUGCUGAUUUUUUAUACUUACUGGCAGAUGCUGCAGCAACUGCGAUUCAGUAUGGGAAUCCAGAUAAACUAUGUUCCCCAGUUGUUGAUGCAAAGAAAGCAGGAAACAAUUUAGUGGACACAUAUGCCAGUUAUGUUAAAGAUUAUUAUCUUGGAAGUUAUGGUGCAAGCCUUGAUAGCUAUGAUCCGGAACAUCUAAAGAAGACUGAUCUUGGUGAAAAUAGUGGCGAUCGUUUAUGGUGGUUCCAAGUUUGUACUGAGGUUGCUUAUUUCCAGGUGGCACCUGCAAAUGAUAGUGUUCGUUCUUCAAAGAUUGAUGCAAAGUACCAUUUAGACCUAUGUGAAAACAUAUUUGGAAAAGGCAUUUAUCCGGAUGUGGAUGCGACAAACAUAUAUUAUGGAGGCACAAAAAUUGCUGGUUCUAAGAUAAUUUUCACAAAUGGCUCCCAAGAUCCCUGGCGGCAUGCGUCCAAGCAAACAUCAUCCCCAGAGAUGCCUUCCUACAUCGUCUCAUGUCAUAAUUGCGGCCAUGGAACUGAUCUGAGAGGAUGCCCCCAGUCUCCCUUGAACCCUGAAGGUGAUGCCAGAAACUGCACCUCUCCUGAUGCAGUGCUCAAAGUGAGACAGCAGAUUGUAAAACAUAUAGACUUGUGGCUCUCGGAAUGCCAAGAUAAAGAUAUGCAAUCGCCUAUUUACAAAUGAUUGGACUCUGUGUCUAAAUGACAUUGGCCUUUGAUGUUAUUAUCACUUUUGUUUAUACUAAUGACCAACAGAAGAUAAAAAAGUUAAUAAUUUUAUUGUAACAGUUUCUGUUUUCAUUUCAUUUAGUCAAUUUAACAUGUUGGAACCAAUGUUUUAAAUAUCGACGAUAUCAUCUAAUAUAUCCCACGAUGUAUCUUGUAUCCCACUUGUGCGAUAUGAAACGCACAGGUAGUGUUGAUAUAUCCUACACGUUUGAUCCGGUGAGCAUUUUCAA